AUGGAGGAACCGACGGCGGCCGGCCCCGACUGGUCCAAUCUGCCGCCAGACGUCCUCACCACCGUCCUCGGCGAGCUCGAGUUCCCGGACCUCUUCCGCGCCGCCGCAGUCUGCGCGGCCUGGCGCGCCACCGCCCGCGCCCUCCGUCGCCUCGAGAUCUACCGCCGCCCCCAAACCCCCUGCCUCCUCUACACCAGCGCCGCCGCCGGCCCCCGCGCCGCCGAGCUCUUCAGCCUCGCCGACAAGAAGGCCUACAGGGCGCGCCUCCCGGACCCCCCCAUCGGGGAGCGCAACAUCGUCGGCUCCUCGCACGGCUGGCUCGUCACCGCCGACGCCCGCUCCGAGCUCCACCUCCUCAACCCCGCCACCGGCGAGCAGGUCGCGCUCCCCUCCGUCGCCACCAUCGAGCAGGUGAGCCCCGUCUUCGACCGCAACGGCAACCUCGAAAGGUACGACCUUUCACUAAACGGCGACGAACCACAGCCCUAUGGUUUAGACGAGCUCCGGGGUGUCCUAUAUCUCAAGGUCGUACUGUCCGGCGAUCCCGCGUUGGGGGAUUGCACUGCCGUGGUGAUUCACAAUCCCUAUAGGGAUCUCUCGUUCGCGAGGGUCGGCGAUGACAAGUGGCACUGGAUCCCUUCGGCACCCGGUGAACCACCGCACUACUCCGACUGCAUAUUUGGCGACGACGGCGCGCUCUAUGCGAUGAAUCUCCUCGGAGGGAUCCAUCGCUACGCCAUUGAAGGUCCUCGUGCCGCCCGAGAUAUGAUUUUCAAGGACACUUCGCCAUUCGAGGCAUAUAAUAUGUACAUAUCCAAGACUUCGUCUGGCAGUGUGCUGCAAAUAUGGAGGUACAAGAGGGAGACAAGUGGUGAGCAAGAAGAGAUGCAUACAGUUGGUAUUGAGAUAUACAGGGCUGACCUUGAAAAGCAGCAGACAUUUCGUGUGCGGAAUUUGGGGGAUGACGCGUUGUUCAUCGGGCGCAACUACACUUGUUGCCUUUCCACAAAGGACUACCUAAGCCUGCUGCGGAACCAUGUCUAUUUCACUGAUGAUGACGAGUACUGGCUGCUGGAUGCGAAAGACAAUCGUUGGGAUGUUGGAAUGUUAAAUUUGGAGGGUUUAAUUGCCAAUGAUGUGGUGUCUCCCCAACCAUGGUUGAAUUGGCCAGUUCCCGUAUGGAUCACUCCAAAUUUUAAUAAGAUCCACAAAUAG